GCCAUGGAGAAGCUGGCGGCCGGGCUGGCCGGCUUGCGCUGGAGCAUGGGCGCCUUCCCGCUGGACCUCAUCGUCAGCCGGUGCCGCUUGCCCACGCUCGCCUGCCUCGGGCCAGGGGAGUAUGCCGAGGGCGUCAGUGAGCGAGACAUCCUGCUCAUUCAUUCCUGCCGCCAGUGGACAACGGUGACAGCCCACACCCUGGAGGAGGGCCACUACGUCAUUGGGCCCAAGAUUGACAUCCCACUACAGUAUCCAGGGAAGUUCAAGCUCCUGGAGCAGGCCCGGGAUGUGCGGGAGCCAGUGAGGUACUUCAGCAGCGUGGAGGAGGUGGCCAGUGUCUUCCCUGACCGCAUCUUUGUGAUGGAAGCCAUCACCUUCAGUGUCAAGGUGGUGUCAGGCGAGUUCAGCGAGGACAGCGAAGUGUACAACUUCACUCUGCAUGCGGGCGAUGAGCUCACUCUCAUGGGGCAGGCGGAGAUCCUGUGCGCCAAGACCACCAAGGAGCGCUCGCGCUUCACCACCCUGCUGCGCAAGCUGGGCCGGCCCGCCGCGCCGCCCGCCGAGAUCCCUUACGAGGAGCUGUGGGCCCACCAGGCGGUCGAGGCUUUCGAGGGCAGGGCUCGGCAGCUCCCGGGGCCCGACCUCAUCUCCUUCGGGGCCACCGGGCCGCCCCGCUUGGAGCCCGAGGCGGCGCCGCCUCCUGUGCCUCCCAAGUCCGAGGCGGUGAAGGAGGAGUGCCGCCUGCUCAACGCCCCCCCUGUACCCCCUCGGGGUGGUAGUGGCAGCGGUGGGCUCUCGGGCAGCCCUCCAGUGCCCCCACGCUUCCCCAAGCUGCAGCCUGUCCACUCACCCAGCUCCAGCCUCUCCUACUACUCCUCUGGCCUCCAGGAUGGGGCGGGUUCCCGCAGUGGCAGUGGUUCUCCAUCACCGGACGCCUACUCCCUCUAUUGCUACCCAUGCACCUGGGGAGACUGCAAGGUGGGCGAGUCCUCCAGCCGCCCACCCCCGGGACCCCUACCCUCCACCACGCAGCCCAGCCAGGCCUCCCGGGCCCUUGGAGAGCCCCUGAGCAGUCGAGCUGCCUCCCUUCUGGGGGCUGACACCCCCGUCAAGACCUAUCACAGCUGCCCACCUCCGUUCAAGCCGUCUCACCCCCAGAAACGCUUUGCUCCUUUUGGAGCCCUCAACCCCUUUUCCGGGCCUGCCUACCCCACAGGCCCUUCAGUGGCCUCCUCUCCUGCGCCCACAGCCACCUCGGGCCCCCUGGCUACCUCCAGCCCUGCUUAUUCCCCAGGCCCGGGCUCGCCAGGCCAGGCCUAUUCAGCUGCUCCCACCUCCUCCUCCUCCUCCUCUGAGUGGCAGGAGCCAGCCCCAGAGCCCUUUGACCCCUUUGAGCUAGGCCAGGGCAGUUCUCCAGAGCCUGAGCUGCUGCGCUGUCAGGAACCCAGAGCUGUGGGGGCGCCUGGACCUGGCCUUUCACCCCUUGGAUCCCCAAAGGCCUUUGAGCCCGAAGGUUUGGUGCUGCGGCAGGUCCCCACUCCCCUGUCACCAGCGGGCCUGCAGGGGCCUGAUGCAGGCGGAACACGACUCCUCCUCACCCAGGGGCGCCUAGAAGGGCCUCCAGCCAGUCCCCGGGAUGGGGCCACAGGCUGGGGAGGCCGGGACGCCGCCUCCUGGCAGCCCCCCGCUGACCUGUCUGCACUCUCCCUGGAGGAGGUCUCCCGAAGUCUGCGUUUCAUUGGGCUCUCAGAAGAUGUGGUGAGCUUCUUUGCCCGAGAACGCAUUGAUGGCAGCAUCUUCGUGCAGCUCAGUGAGGACAUCUUGGCAGAUGACUUCCACCUCACCAAGCUGCAGGUCAAGAAGAUCAUGCAGUUCAUCAAAGGCUGGCGGCCCAAGAUCUGACUUCCCAGCUUGUAGGUGCACAACUGGAAUGCUGGUGCGGAGGCCCUGAAGGCCAGCCCUGGGUCUGCUGGGGGACAGCACUCCCAGAAGCACUCCAGUGGGAGAAUCCAUGCCAGACUGAGGCAGCUAAGCAGCUAUGCAGAGUGAAUCCAGGGGAGACACAUGUGGUAAUGGGGUGCCUCUUGGCCAGACCCUUGCAGGCGUCUUGCCUUUGAGUGUGUGGAGUAAGUGGAGGGGUGGAGGCACCAGUGCACGCUACGAUUCCCAUCGAGGUGGAAUGGGGAGGGGUCACAAGCUGGCCUUCAUGGUGACCUCACAGCUCCCUCCGCCCUGCGGCAGAGCUCCACCGAUCCCUCCCGCGUCUCAAGCUUGUAGGUGCAGCUUGGAGACAAGGGAAGAUGACCCAUAAGUUAAGCACAAAUUCCCGAGUGCCCU